AUGUACUCGACCAUACAGCAUGGUCUGGCGAGGUAUGCAGUGGACGGGCCGACUAAUUUGCUGAUUGUAAUGGCACAGGGCGCACUGGUUUGCAUAUCUGCCACUAUAUUGGUCGGGUCUAGCUGGGGAUGGGGCACCGUCGGCGCCGGGGCCUGUUUGGGCGCUACAGCGCUGUUGCGGCCCGUGAAACAAGAAAGCAUAAUGGCAAUCAAAGGCAUGGGACUACAGAUCAACAGUGCGGGCCAUGUCAAGGGCCUGAGCGACUCUUGUGUAUUUAUUCCUUACCAUGACAUUUUGGAUAUUUUGAUUAACGAGGUAUUUAUCGGACUACAGGUACUACCGGUGAUACAGAUUGUUCGCGAAGACUGCCUGGUGCUCGAGCUUGCGUUCAGGUCCCUAACACCUCCGCUCCGCGAUCUGGAGGUCGCCUGGAAGGGCCUGAGGCUCGCUCUUAUCGACGACUCGGUUAUAUAA